UCACACUUGGGGCUUGGGAUCCGAUUUGCUUCCACCAUGAGCUGCAGCAUCAAGAGAACCUCCAGCACCUCCUACAGGAGCGGUGGAGCUGCCUGCGGGGGAGGUGGCGGCAGGAGCUCCUCAGCGUCCUGCCGGCGCUACGCCGCCUCCUGCUAUGGGGGUGGCAGCUACGGGGGGUCAGGGGGCAGCAUGGGCUACGGAGGGGGCAUGAGCGCUGGCAGCAUGGCAGGAGGCCUCUGCGGUGGCAUAGGAGGAGGUAUUGGCGGUGGCAUAGGAGGAGGUAUUGGCGGUGGCAUAGGAGGAAGCUUUGGUGGUGGCAUAGGAGGAGGCUUUGGCGGUGGCAUAGGAGGAGGCUUUGGUGGGGACCUGCUGCUGAGCGGCAACGAGAAGGUGACGAUGCAGAACCUCAACGACCGCCUGGCAGCCUACCUGGACAAGGUGCGGCGGCUGGAGGAGGAGAACGCGCAGCUGGAGCAGCACAUCCGAGAGUGGUACAGGAAGCAGGCCCCUGCUGCUGCCAAGGACUACAGCCCCUACUACCAGGCCAUCGAGCAGCUGCAGAACCAGAUCAUUGCUGCCACCGUGGACAACAACAAAAUGAUCCUGGAGAUCGACAACAGCAGGAUGACAGCCGACGACUUCCGCAUGAAGUACGAGAACGAGUUGGUCAUGUCCCAGACCGUGGAGGUUGACAUCAAUGGCCUGAGGAACGUCCUGGACGACCUCACUCGCACUCGCUCCGGACUGGAAUCUGAGCUGGAGUCCCUGAAGGAGGAACUGAUGACCCUCAAGAGAAACCAUGAGGAGGAAAUGAGGCAGCUGAAGGCUCAGACUGGUGGUGAUGUGUGUGUGGAGGUCAAUGCUGCUCCUGGGCAGGAUCUGACCAAGAUGCUGAACGACAUGAGGCAUGAGUAUGAGGACAUCAUCCAGAGGAACCGCAAGGAGGUGGAGCAGUGGUAUGAAUCAAAGAUCGAGGAGGUCAAUCGCCAGGUCACCUCCAGCAGCCAGGACAUCCAGAGCAGCAACCAGCAGCUGACCGAGCUCAGGCGUGAGAUGCAGAACCUGGAGAUCGAGCUGCAGGCUCAGCUCAGCACCAAAAGCUCCCUGGAGAACUCCUUGGCAGAGACCGAGUCCCGCUACAGCUGCCUGCUGCAGCAGCUGCAGUGCCAGAUUAACUCGGUGGAGGAGGAGCUGGCCAGCAUCCGCUGCGAGAUGGAGAGCCAGAGCCAGGAGUACAAGAUGCUGCUGGGCAUCAAGACCCGCCUGGAGCAGGAGAUCGCCCAGUACCGGGCACUGCUGCAGGAGGGGCAGCAGGACAUCGUGUCAUGCCAAGGAGGGGGAACGUCCCACUGCUAUUCCUCCUCUUCCUACUGUCAUGGGCAGUCCAGUGACAAGUCAGGACAAUCCAAGGUGUGUUAAUCUGCCACCAACGUGCUGGGCUCCCCUGACCUGCCUCCUGCCACCUGAGCAGCCUGGCCCUCAGCAUGCUCACACAGAGCCCCCUCUGAGUGCUCCCCAGACUGCUCUGCAGAUGCUCAGGAUGAGAUUCCCAGCACCUCCUCAGACCUGCUGCUUCCUCCUCUUGUGCUGCUCUUCAGAAGCUCUCACUGCACCCUCACCCCCUGCCUGCAGUGCAGCUGUUGAGCACUUUCUGCUGCUAACACAAGGCCUGAAUAAACUUCACUUC